UGCUGCAGGGUUGGAGAGAGAGAGACAGAGAGAGAGAGGAGGAGGAGGAGGAGGGGGGAGAGUCGAGUCCCAGCAGCGCCCGGGAGGAAGCAGAUCGCAGAGGAAAAGGAAGACAUCAGUCCGUGUGCUGAGAGCAGGAGAGCUGGGCUGAGCUGCUCCACUCGCUUCUCAUUAACCUGGAGGGAGGAGCAGAAAGAGGAGGAGAAGGGGUUCCAGUCCCACCCUGCCUGGGGAUUAGUCGCAACUCACCUGCCGUCUCAGAGCAGAGAGAUCCUGGCACUGCUCAUACCCACGACGUGUAAAGACAGAUCUCUGGACAUCAGGAGGAAGCCUGAGUGAGCUGGAGCUGCUCCUGGAGCUCUCCCUCACCCGGAUCAGGGGACACUGGGGAAGAGCAAGAGACUGGAUCUUCCCUGAUUUCUGGGUUCAGCCUGUUUUCAUGGGGACACUGGAGCAGGGACAGGAUUUCUAAUCUGUUCUUUAGUGGACAGGAAGUGUUCAGGUUUAACUCGGACCUUUGGUCCUUCGCUCAUUAAUUGGACUGUUUCAGGACCCAAACGAUGACUUGCUUUGUUUCUGGACUGAUUUUCUAAGCAGGUGAAGUUGUAGAGGACGUAAGGGAGGCUGCGUGCCUUUAUUGUAUGGGUAUUCAUAUAAUAACAAGGACACAAAGCAAAUCUUUGUCCUAACUGGCCAUAUUGACGUCCUUCCUUCUUUCUUCUUCUUCUUCUUAUUUAUGAGUGUCAGGACAUCCAGCAGACAGGGACAGGUUUAUUCUUUUCGUCCUUUUCUCCCACCGUUUCUUUGCGGGUAGAGGCGUCUGGGUGGCGAUCUGCGGAGGAUGGGAGAGAGAACAGAAGCGAAGAAGAAGACGACGGUCUCGGGAAGACACCGUCCUAAAACAGGGCAGUGAUGCCAGGCAUGGUGAUGUUUCGGCGGCGCUGGUCAGUUGGCAGUGAUGACCUGGUGCUGCCCGCUCUCUUCCUCUUCUUACUGCACUGCAUAUGGCUGGUGGUGCUGUCUGUGGUUCUGUUCGGUCUCCCGUACGGCUCAGAUCAGUCGUGCUCCGUCACGCUGGUGGACCAUGGCCGCGGCUACAUGGGCAUCUUGAUCAGCUGCCUGAUCUGUGAGAGUGCCAUCAUGUGGCUGAGCAUGAGAGGGAGCAUCCUGUACACACAGCCCCGAGAGGCCGUGCAGUACGUGCUCUAUAUACGGCUCGCCAUCCUGCUGGUAGAGUUGGUGUAUGCGGUGGUCGGGAUCGCCUGGCUGGUGCAGUACUACCAACCCUGUUCCGACGUGACAGCCAAAAACCUCGCUCUCGGCAUCGUGGUGUGUAACUGGUUAGUGAUCUUCAGUGUGUGUUUCACCAUGAUGUGCACCUUUGACCCCACGGGACGGACCUUCGUCAAACUGAAAGCCACACGCCGCCGCCAACGCAACCUGACAACAUACACACUCAGACACAGAUUAGAAGAGGGUCAAGCCAGCAGCUGGAGUAGGAGACUCCGGUUCUUUAUGUGCUGCACCAGAGCUAAAGACACACAGUCUGACGCCUACUCGGAGGUGGCGAGCCUCUUCGCCGAGUUCUUCAGGGAUCUGGACAUCGUACCCAGUGACAUCAUCGCUGGCCUGGUGCUGCUCAGGCAGCGACAGAGAGCCAAGAGAUCCGCCAUCUUGGACCAGGGAAACAACGAUAUUUUAGCCUUUCUGUCCGGGAUGCCGGUAACACGAAGUACACGCUACCUGGACCUCAAAAACUCAACGGAGAUGGCCAUGUAUAAGGAGGUGUGUUAUUACAUGCUGUUUGCCAUGGCGGCGUAUGGCUGGCCCAUGUACCUGCUGAGGAACGCGACCUGUGGCGUCUGCAGGCUGCUCAGCUCCUGCACCUGUACAUCCGGCUCCAGGUCUCGUCUCUCUCAGUCUGUAACAGUAGAAGAGGAUAACUGCUGCGGCUGUAACGUCCUUGCUAUCCGGCGCCAGUUUUUGGACCGAGACCUUAAACAGGUUCAGAUCGUCUACACGUCCUGCCACGAUGCGGUUUAUGAGACGCCUUUCUAUGUAGCAGUAGAUCACGGCAAGAAGAAAGUCGUCAUCAGCAUCAGAGGAACGUUGUCGCCUAAAGAUGCUCUGACUGAUCUCACUGGAGAUUCAGAGCGCUUGCCUGUGGAUGAACAUCAUGGUGUCUGGCUUGGGCAUAAGGGAAUGGUUUACUCAGCAGAGUACAUUAAGAAGAAACUGGAGCAGGAGAUGAUUCUGUCUCAGGCUUUUGGCAGAGAUUUGAGUAAAGGAACCAUGCACUAUGGCCUGGUGAUCGUGGGUCACUCUCUCGGUGCCGGCACCGCUGCCAUCCUGUCCUUCCUGCUCCGCCCCCAGUAUCCCACGCUGCGCUGCUAUGCUUACUCUCCACCGGGAGGCCUGCUCAGUGAGGAUGCGAUGGAGUACUCCAAAGAGUUCGUCACCUCAGUGGUGUUGGGGAAAGACCUCGUCCCCAGGCUUGGCCUCUCUCAACUCGAGGGUUUUCGUCGUCACUUGCUUGAAGUCCUGCAGAAAAGUGAUAAGCCAAAGUGGAGGAUCAUUAUAGGAGGCACUAAGUGCAUCCCGAAGACAGAGCUGCCGUUAGAAGAUGACCCUCCCUCUCAGGGCGUAACUCCAUCCACCUCCCGGCUGUGUCUCCACCCCAGUGACCUGAGCAUCGCCCUCUCUGCGUCCACGCCUCUCUAUCUGCCCGGACGCAUCAUCCACGUCGUGCACAACCAUCCACCUGAAACCUGCUGUGGUCAGGAGGAUCCCACCUACUCAGCUCUUUGGGGUGAUAACAAAGCCUUUGAUGAGGUUAUCAUCUCACCGGCCAUGCUGAACGAACACAUGCCGCACGUGGUGUUGGACGGACUCAAUAAGGUUUUGGAAAACUACAAUAAGGGCAAGACUGCCCUUCUUUCAGCAGCUAAAAUCAUGGUUAGCCCAACUGAGGUGGACCUGAAUGCUGAGACCUACUUCCAUGGAGUCUCCAACUCCCAUGAGCCCACUCCACAAACCCAACACCGCAGAAACAGCAGCGUCCGCUCCUGUGCUCGCUCCGAGAUCUCUCUGGAUGGUUUUUCAGAAUGUCCUCCUCCAGCUGUACCUGUGGUGCUGAUGAGUGCUCGUGAGCGUUUGUCUCUGGAGCUGCGGGAGCGAAAGGCUCCUUUAGCUAUGAUGGAGAGCCUUUCGGAUGUUGACUCUGUCUACAGCAUGGACUCUCGCCGCUCCUCAGCUGCUUUCAGAGGCUCACCGUGUCUUGGGACACUCCCUUUCCCCCUUGAUGCCCCGAUUCCUGAGGAGAAUCCAUCCCUGAGCUCACGUACUGAGCUGAUUCAGGCCUCACCUGAGCGAGAACUUAUGGGCCAAACUGGACCCUGCUGCCCCACCCCACCAGAACUCGCUUUGCCUCCCAAUGACAGCCACGGCCUCUCUCCGGAACUUGCGGUACCUUUUAAUCAAGGCCGUUCCCCCUCUCAAACCAACCGUGGUAGCUAUUUUCCUCGGUUUGCACCCAAGCAGAUCAGUGAGGGUCAGCAAGGCCAGCAGAAGGCUCUCGUGCGUGCCAAAUCAGAGACUUUUGAAAGGUUUCAGAGGUCUAACAGCAAGGAAUCAAGUCCUGUGGCACCUUGGACUGGUAUUAUAAAGGAGCAAGGUGGAAAGAACCAAAAAAAUGAAGGUGUGAACAAAGAUGAGAAGAGUACAAAAGAGGUGAAGGUGUCUCCACUGUCCAAUGGAAACACCAGUCAGGCAGUGCUGGAGUUUGCUCAGUAUCUGGAUUCCCUCUUCAAGCUAGAUGGAAGUGACUCUCUGCCUCCGGACAAUUCUGAUGCCGAAUCCGAAUCGGGACGCGGCUCUUCAGUUCAGACGGAAGAACAGCGCAUAGAGGAUUUGGACAGCGAGCAGCAGCUACUGGCCAGAGCCACACUCGAGCCCAACCUUGUCCCAAAGCCUCCUCGAACCUUCGCUGGCUCGGCUGAACCCUCGUCCGGCAUCUCUCUCUCUCCAUCGUUCCCUUUAUCCUCGUCCGGAGAGAUGAAUGACCUCUCACCCGUCAAUCACACCAUGCUACGGACUUCCACUGCUUCCCCUUACGCUGAAGAAAACACGUUAUCAUCCAUAGUGUAGUGAAACGUGGACCUUAGGAAAUCAGCUCUCUUUUGGUGUCUGUAUAUUUCACUUCCCUGUGUUUCCCUCUUUAACGCCUUCCUAACCAUAAGUGGUGGCAUGGGGGAAUUCUAUCUUCACUUUAAAAAGAUGCAUGCGUAGCAACCUGUUCAAGACAUCCAGGCUGAGAUCGCGGACUCACUGGAAGCAUUUUGAAAACCUCAUUUUGUACCAUCGUUGGACUUUACACACUGAAUGCAGUCGAUGUGCACUGUUACAACGGGUUUCCUGUCAGCGGCCGGGGACACAACGUCGUAGGAAAGAAGCUUCACACAAAUGACCGAAAAUUCUCAUCAAGUCCAAUCUUAUGUUUAUGUUUACAUUAAUGCCACUGAACAACACACGUACAAAGAUUUGCAGAUUUGCAGGGAACGCGUUUGGACGGUGAGAGGUUUGCAGAUGGAGUGACAUUUCCUCAGGUCUUUUAAGAACACAGAUGAAAGAAAGAUUCUGAUUUCUAUGUUACACUUGUCAGAUUUCGGACUGAAGAUUGUGUGGCGUGUUUUAUUGAGCACGUGCAACACUUGAGAUCGAGCACUUUGGAGUUUAGGGGCCAUUUUUUUUACAUUUACAAUUCUGUUUUUGUGUGCAUGAGAAAAUAAUGAAUGCUUAUUUAUAACUCUUUUGUCAAUAGUACCCUGCCAAAUAUGUGUAGAAAAUGACCUAUGAACAAAAAAAAAACUACAUGGAUUUAUUGAUAUUUUAUUUAUUGUUUUUUUUCCACGUUUUGCCGUUUAAAUCCAUUGACUUGGGGCAUGCACACCAAUCACCAAAUAACAGAACAUGCUUUUUUCUAUUUUAGGAGUCAAAAUUCAUGAACACGUAGCAGGAACUGGUCUUUUUAGGGAGUCUCUCUCUCCCUCUCCAUUUUUAUCAUUUCUACUGCUGUUGCUAUGACUAUAUUACAUUAUAUUACUCGGUGGUUUAACUUUAUGAUGAAUAUUUUAUUAACUGUUACCGUGUGACUUGCCUUUUUCUAUUUUUUCUGAAUGAAGUGUUUUUCAGUUGGACAUUUUUUUUUUAUAGCAGGAGUUCAUCUUGUGUCUGGAGGAAAAGUACAGCAGUGGGACACACUGGGUGCUCAAACACACACACACACACACACACACACACACACACACACACACACACACACACACACACACACAGGCCCUAGACAGAGUGCACACUACUACUGAACCUCCUGCUCCUUUGUAAAAGUAAGUGCCCCCUCCCCCAGCCUUGUACUGAUUUUCUUUUCUUUAAGCUCCAUAACAUUACUGUAUUUUGUCAUCAGAAAACAUCUUGCACUAUUUCAUUGCACAUUUGUAAAUCUAAAUAAAAACCCAGUAAUACACACUGACCUGCCGUUUCUUAUACACCUACUGUAUAUACUAAAUCUCCGCCGCAACAGCGACUUGCUUCUCUGAACUUUGUCGAAUAAAUAAUCGAAUAUGGUAAGCAAAUAUUGACUAGUUAACUUAGAUAGUGAUCAUUUGGGUCACUUACAUGUAGACGAUAUGUGCACAGUUACUCUUCAGGCCUGUUUAAAACACUUCCACGACACUACAGGAUGUUUAUGUGACGCCCGUUUAUUAGGGUGCAUCAGUUGCCCCAUAAAACUGAAAAGUUCCUCCGAUCAUGAUGCAUUUUUGUUUUUAUGUUCCUUUUGGUGAGAAAACACACUGGGUGAAAUAUUUUGACAAAAUUCUAAAGUUUAAUGGUGGCACCAGGAGCUCAAAGUUAUGGAAAAAGCUGCUAUUUUAUGACAAAAUUUCGAUCACUUUUCAUGAAACAUUAUGGCACCUUAUAGAGUAUACCAAAUAUCUUAGAUACACAUUUUUAGUCCAUAUUCUAAAUAUAUUAUCAAGCACAGUUUGAGUUUUAGCUGUUCAUUGAAUCAUUGUUCAACUACUUUUAAACAAUACAAAUGUAUUAUGAAUCACAUUAAUGCUUCUCAAUCCCUUGCAAAGGUUCUUAACAUGAUCUCUGGCUCACAAGAAAUCACCAACAUUGUGAUUCAAACCUUACACGAAAACAUAAAAUAAGCGUUUUUUGGCAAAAAAUGAACCUCAUGGUGCCACCAUUAGACUUUUGAAUAUGGUCAAAACAUUUUACAGGAUGUCUUUAUUGGUGAAAAGGAACACCCAAACAAAAAUGCAUCAGAUUUUAUGAAAGUGAGGGCGACUGAUGCAGCCUACCGUUUAUGCUCCGUUGCAGAGAGAGCGCAGAAAGUGGCUUAAAGUUAUUCUGUGCACUAUAAUGUCAUCAACUGAUUCUCAUCUAAUUCUCUGAUCUGCAUAUCUGUGUGUGAAACUAACAUUUAGCGGUGUUGUACCCUGUUAAAACACUGCAUGACCCAUAUCACUGUACGUGUUCAUAUCCUGAUAGCCUUUAAUCACAGCUAUUACACCAGGACUGUAUUUACUUGUAUAUUUGCUGAGACUGGUUUUUUUGUCCAGAAUUGUGAGAUUUCUUAUUUCAAGGAGGUCGUGUGAUUCAGCUUUAUCUCCAGAGCUCAGAGAUGCUGCAGAAAAAUCCUGCCUACCUGUGCAGCUUCUUCCACACUUUCUGCAGUUACCCUGAUUGCACACUCUGAAUGUCACUUCUUAUUGAAUAAUCACUGGGCAGCAGAUACUCCAGUUACGACCUGUACCAUGAAGGUCAGAUCCAGAUUCCACAAUGAUGAUGACCUUCGGUUUACUGAUACUGAACAACUUCUCGCCUCUGUCCCAUUGGUUCGUGCCCUCAGGGUCCGCUGCUGUACCUUUUCCCCGAGUGAUUGUGAAUAGCUGUCUUUUUCCACAUGAUUAUUUUAUGCAAGUAAAUCCCAUCUCAUUCUUCAGUCGAAUGAAAUAAAUAACUGAAUAAAUAUUCCACUUGGACAUUAUAAAGAAAAAUGGCUGUAUCCUGUACCAUAGUGAUGACUUUAUCUGAAAUCUAUAGCUAUAUGGAGUAUAUAUUAUAAAUAGUGAGGGGGGAAUUUAUCUGUGUGUAUAUACUGAUUUAUUAAAAGAAUCGGUAAUAGUAGCCAUUGAUCUUCAGAAGAAACAUCUUUCUAUUGUUGCCAGAUAACUUGCCGGUCCUUACUUUUCACCAUGAAUGAGAAUGUAUUAUAAAAACCUGCCUACACACACACACACACACACACACACACACACAAACAAAAGUACCUUGCCUGUAACAGAAUAAAACAAUACAGAUUUCAGACA